ACCAGACCCCCUAACCCACUCCUCUCAGGCGGCGGGUAGCGCCCUAGACCCCCUUCCUCUUACGCACCCGGGGCGCGCGACGUCGCUCGCUGACGACAGCACUACGCUGCCGCCGCCUCCCGCUCUCCUCACGGGCGGUUGAGGCCGGCGGCAGGUGUAGUGGCUGCGGGGAGGGACCGAGCUGAGCAGCCGCCGCCGGCGGCGGCUUCAUGACCCUCCUGCUGUCACUGCCGCCGUCGCUGCCACUGCUGCUGCUGGUCGUGACCAGGGGCACCUGCGCCUUCUUCUCCCAGGCCGGGGUCAUGAACGUGUGCAGCAGCAGCAGCGGUGGUCGCGCCACCCCUGCGGUGGGCUACCGCGGCGUGGGGCUGGGCACCCAGUGCCUGCGGCUGCCUUCCGUGCAGGGCGCCGACCCCCAGCGCUGCAACGAGCUGCUCCUGCUGGCGGCGGCGGGGGUCCGCGAGCAGGAGAACCCUCCGGGUAGCCCUGGAGAGAAGGCGAAGCCCGAGACGUCGGCGGCAGCCCCCCAGCAUCACGUCCUCUACUUCCCCGGAGACGUGCAGAACUAUCGUGAAAUUAUGGCACGUCAUCCUGAGAAUUAUCAGUGGGAAAACUGGAGUCUAGAAAAUGUUGCUUUCCUUCUAGCGCACCACUUCACCAAUAGUUAUAUUUGGGUAGUAAAGAGCUCCCGAAUGCAUUUGCACAAGUUCAGCUGUUAUGACAAUUUUGUGAAGAGCAACAUGUUUGGUGCCCCAGAUCACAGCAUUGAGUUUGGAGCUUUUAAACAUCUUUAUUCAUUAUUAGUUAAUGCAUUCACCCUUACGCAAAACAUUGUCUUGUCAAAGAAGAAAAGGUAUGGCUUAAAAAAGGAGGCAAAGACUUCUAGCUACUGUAGAGCAAAUUCAUCUCAUGCUUCAAAUGGCUGCCAGGGGGAGAGAGAGAGAAAAUAUGAACAAUAUGAUGACUUUGAGACCAACUUUAAUCCACCGUCGUUUAAAGAUGCAUCCUUUACUUUGAUUGGAUUCAGUAAAGGAUGUGUUGUUUUGAACCAACUGCUUUUUGAGCUGAAAGAAGCCCAGAAAGAUAAGAACAUAAACAACUUCAUCAAAAACAUCAGAACAAUGUACUGGCUGGAUGGCGGUCACUCUGGAGGAAGCCAUACUUGGGUUACUUACCCCGAAGUGUUGCAAGAAUUUGCAAAGACAGGGAUUACAGUUCACACUCAUGUUACUCCUUACCAAGUAAAUGACCCCAUGAGGUCUUGGAUUGGAAAGGAGCACAAGAAAUUUGUACAGAUCCUCGAGGACUUUGGCAUGCAGGUGACUAGCCAGAUUCACUUUGAGCAGGAACCUCCUUCCAUAGAAAAUCACUUCAGGGUUCAUGAAGUAUUUUGAAACUUGAAGUUUGCCACUUUACUAUAUUCAGUUAAAGAACAAAAACACUUGUGAAAUCAAGUGACAAGAAACAACAUUCAACAGACACCUUGUAUUGUUAGUUUGGGCGAAAUAGAAGCAUAGUUACUAAAAAUUGGCAUGAAGCACUGAUGGUAUUCCUUGAAAGUGAAUUCCAGCGAUUCUUAGUCUGAAUUGAGUUAGAAUUACAAGUCUUUAUGAUAUCAGUGUGGUUCUUGCUAAUCCUAUGGUGUGAUCCUUGAAAUUAGUGAAAAAGUUAUAAUUGUUGUCUUUCAAAGGCACAUAUAUGAUCGAUUUAAACUAUAAAAUUAUUAUUGAUAUUUAAAUAAUUGGAGAUUUUGAAUAAUAUUUACUUCUAACCUUAAUCUUGGUAAAAAUAAAGAAACAGUAACUAUUUUAGCACCCUGAAAAUUUUAAGAUUUAAUUUCAUUAUACACUUGGGUGGAAAAAUUUCCUUUGUCUUAUUCUUUAGUAGAGGCAAAGAUUUGAUAUUUUCUGUUGUUUGGGAGUAACUACCAAUUUGUGCCUCAUUCUUAUCUCCACAGAAGAGACAUUUAUAUAGUCUUACUGAUUCAUCUUGCAACAUCUGUCACUGAAUAGUCUUUUCUUUAAGGUCUUAUAAAAAUAUUAGACAACUAUGCUUUAUAUAUAAAAUGACCAAUAAUCUUUUUAGAGUACAAUUGGCCAUUAAGUUUUAACAUUCCAUCUUAACUUUAUAGUCUGAUUUUUAACUGAAUGCUUUUUGACUAGACAAUACUUUAAUUCAUUUUGGUCAGAAAUUUUUGGGAAAUUGGUCUAAAGAAGAAUUACAUAUCUUGUGUUAGUUAACAUGUACUGUGGUCAGAUUUAAACAUUUCAUUUCAUGAAUCUUACGAGAAAGAUCAACAUGGGUGGUAAAAAACAAACUAAAAAGUAAAAUCAUUGCUCCAUUUAUUACUCUCCCCAAAAGAAGACAAUUCUACAGUUCUGAAUUGCUUGUUUCUUUCCAGAAGAGUGAUCUGCCUGCCAAAAGGAAACAGCUCUCUUUGGCCAAAAUGCAGAAUUGCUGCAGAAACAAGUUAUAAAGGAAAGUUUAAAGACACAAAAUUUAAUUUUGGCUCAAAAAUUGAAUUUGGUUAACACUGCUGCAUAACUUAGGUGAAGACCUCUUCUGCUAUUUUGUUCCUUGACCUAAAUAAAUAUGUUUUGAGGAACCAGGAUGUAAUUAUCAAUGAAAAGCAGUUGUUUGAUGAAGACAAAGAGAUUUUUUAUCCAUCUAUCAAAAUGGAUUUUACUUGUCACAAUAAUUAGCCUUUAAGUAGUUGUGAAGUAAACCUAAGUGAUAUUUAACUCACUCUCGUGAUUUGAAAAAAGAAAUAUAGGAGAAGUAAAAUAAUAAUGAGCCAACAGACAAUAUUGGUGUUUACUCACUGAAAACUUACAAAAGAAUAUAGGAUAAAUAUUUCAGGCCAAUUAAAAUAAUUUCACAGGAAUACCCUGUUUAGUAUUAUCUUUCCACAGUACCUUUUAAAAAAAUUUUUGCUAUUGAAACAUUCCAGAUAUUCAGAACUUAAUGGGAAAUGGGAUCACUGUCUAAAUAUUCCCUGAAAAGAAACUGCUUAAGCAGAAACAUCCUAUUUUGUUUUACCACUUAGUUCUGCAUAGAAAUACCAUUUAUAACUUACUCUUGGAUCUUUUUACGGGGGAGAAAAAAUAGUGUUGUUGCCUAGACUUUCUUUAAAUAACUAGUUUCUUUUGAGACCAAAAAUUCCUACCAACUCCCACCCUCCUCACCAACCCACUGCUAACCUUAAAAAAAGAAAAAACACCUUGAAGCAAAGUAGUUGAUAAAAUGGGUUGUACAGUUACCACAAAUUGCCUAACUGUAAUACCUGUUUUAAUUCCCAGAUUCAUAUGUGAAUUUGUACUAAGUUAUCUUACAUAUGUGCAUGGACUAAUGAAUGAAAGAGGAGGAUUUACUUUGCAUUGAGAUUGAAAUGAGGUUUGGAAGGAAAAGUUCGUGGGAGAGUGUUUUUCUACAUAUCUUUUAAUAUUGUGAUUAUAAAUAAACAUCUCAAGUACUUUAUGUAUUAGUGCUAAUGUGAAUGAUACAUUGUAAACUUAAAAAUGCCCUUUUGGAGCUCUUCAGGUUAGAUACUCUGUGGAAAUCAAGAAAAUUAAUGGUCAGACUCUUGGAACUACUAUUAUAUCAAAGCGUUAUUUUUUCCUGUGCUGGAAAUAAAUUUCUCCCGAAUAGUGUUUAAUUUUUCAAGAAA